UGACUAGUGAGUGACAGUGACGUCAGUGUGACACUGUGACUGUGAGUGAGUGUUCCAGUGACACUAAUGACAUUAUUCCUUUAUCGUACUGACUUAUUGUGUAACAAUUAGGCCUAAAUACAAAAAAAAAAUAAUUUUGUUGUGGUAACUUAGGCCUGACAAGAUUUUGUAGUUUAGUGCUACCUAGGCCUAUUCUUGCAGGUUCAAUACAUUAUUAAUUUAGGAGAUACAAGAUAAUUCCAAGAAUAAUUUAAGUUGUCGAGAUUGUUCAAGAUGGCGUUUUCCUGGAUAUUAGGUGGAAAGAAGAAAGAAGAAAAACAAGCACCGGUAAUAGAGGCUGUUGAAGUGGGCUCUGAUGAAGGUUAUACAAUUAUUCAAGCCAAUACUCCUCAGGUAGGUGGAUUGUAUCCUCAGAUUCCAUCUUCUGCUUACUCAACCAACCCAUACACACCACUACCAUACUACCCAGUGUUGCCUCAACGAGGGAAUCAACAAACGGCUGACACCAAUGCAAGGACUCAUGUACAAAACCAACUUGAUGGAAUACCAUUUGUGUUGAACCCAGCUUUGGAACAAUCAUCCAAGCAAACCCAUCUAGCAGGACUUGAAGAAUUGCGAAGGGCCGUGUUUCAAAUUGCUGCAGAUAUAAAUGACUCAGCGUAUAGCUAUGACUUUAAAACAGAAUAUAAUAUAAUGCGGGAAGCGUCUGCGUAUCAUGAAAGUUAGAUGUGAAGUAAAGUAUAAAACAGAUCAAUAAGUUGUAAAUGUUAUCUUUAAAUCUGUACUAUUUGAUUUAUGGCUGUUAACUUCUUUUUAUAAGUUAAUGAGAAUUGUAAUUUAUUGUUAAAUAUUUGUUCUUAGUCACAACUUCUCAAUUACAAAAGUUAUAAAUUUAUUUUUCAUAUAGUUAUUUUUCUAUUAGAAGAAUCAAACACAUAAAGAUAAAGAUUUGCACAAGACCCACAGCCACAAAUAUUUUACGGAUAUUUAUAUUAACUGGUGUUUGUAAAGAAUCAUAUUAAAUACAUUAGUUACUGAUCAACUAUUAACAAAAUACAUGCAAAAUAACGUAUAUUUUGUAUAGGUAAUAAAUAAGUUUGAAUUGAAGAAGCUGUUGACCAAUUAAAGAUCAAAUAGCCACUUUUAGGCCGUUUGGUGAGAUUACUUGCUGCUUACACUAACUAUUCAAACUUAUAAAAACUAUUGCAUCUCACAUACUAAAAAAAGAAUGUUUACAAAACAGCUAAUGUUUGAUUAUUUUAAUCGGUUUUAAGUUACAUCUUUUAUUGCUGUUUUAAACAGUUGUUUGCCUUAUUUUGUAAAAUAUUUCUACUAUUUUGCGCUACCGGUAGUGCUAGUUGAUGCAGUAAAAUAGUUCACUGGAUACCGGUACCGAUAAAUAAUCCAUCAAAGGAAUCCCUUUACCUUGUUUUCUUUGGCUUCAUUAUAUUAAACCUCUUUACUUUCCGUGCAAAUCAUAUUAUUUUUCUAACUUAAAUUCAACAAAUACAUAAAAUACACCCAUCGCAGCAAACCUGCAGACUAAGCAAAUUUCCAUUUAUCUGGCUCGAUUUAUAAUAAAAUAUUCCCUUAAAGUUGUCAGAUGUAUUUCCUAUUUAAAUAAUACCUAUUAAUUUUUGUGAUAACUUGGGUUUGCUGCUAAAGGGAAUGUAUUGAGGUGUGUUUUUUAUAGAAAUUUUGAUAGAUUAUUAUGAAAUAAACAAAAUUGCCAAAAUUGAUUAAAAUAAACAAGCAAACUACAACAGUUUAUAAGAAAAACAUAGGUAUUAUAAAUUUACAAUUUUUUUUAAAUAUCUGUAAACGUUUGGGCAUACAACAACGCUUCAAAAUACAAAAUUAUUUAUUUUUUUAAGCUCUACAAAAUUGUUUGGAAAGAAAUGAUGAAAUGUUAUGUUUGUAGGGUCAAAAUGGGAAAAUUAAUUUUCACCCCAUAAAAACCCCCGUUCCCAUAGUCCGAUUAUGCUGGUUCGCGAACUCGUUGAAAUAAAUGUAAAGGUUUACAUAAAUUGAAUCAAAAUCGGAUCAUUUUUGCUCGAGUUAUCGCGCUAACAGACACACACACACACACACACACAUAUAUAUAGAUAUUGGGCUCUGGGGACCUCAAAACGAAAAAAGUAAUUCGGUCCUGGGUCUAGGUCUUAUCAUGAGACCUACGGUAAUAGCUUAUUCCCUAUAUAGGAAAUUCGCUAAAAACAAAGACUAUGAGAGUCUUGGUGCCUCAAUAUAUUUAUUGAAAACAGUACCUAUUAACCCCUUCGCUUACAACGACGGCGAUCCGCCGUCGCGCUCCCGUUAGCCAUUGUGUGAAGCGACGGCGAAUCGCCGUCCGCUAUUAAAACCUGUUUGUGCCGAGUUAGUUCCCCAGAAAUCCAAUAGAUCGCAUAUGCUUCUUGUUCUAUGAUUUCCAGGCUUUCUUUUGGUUAUAUUUUCGUCAUCUCAGUCCAGUCCAAUCGGCAAAAAAACUGAAGUUGAAAUGGUGCAACUUAGCAGCUGACGACGUCUACUCUGGUUUCACAGCUGAUACGUUGUUGUGUUUACUUCGACGAUGUAAACAUUGUGUUAGAGCCUUGUUUUACUUUAUUAUUUUAUUGAAAAGUGUAGUUAUCUUAUAAAAUAAGUUAUAGAAUUUACUUAGUGUAAGUUUUUAUCAGUAUUUUACUUUUUCGUCGUUAUAAUGACUGAGUUAUUAGGCCUAUCAUGUCGUGUUUCACUUCGUCGUGAUAAAGAUUGAGCUACAGUAUCUUGUUUUACUAUAUUAUUCAAUUGAAAAGCUUUUGUAUAAUACGAUGAGUCUUCAAAAUAACUUGGUAUUCGUGGAUGAAUGUGGAAAAGAGUUAGAUGAAAGUGACAUCAUAAAACUUAUAGGGGAUUGUGACAGUGACAGUGAUUGUGACUUGUUUGAGGAGAGUGGUUGGAGUGAUGAUGAUGAUUUGGAAGGGAGCAGAAUUCAAGUGAGUAAUAAGUCUAAUACGCCUAUUGAUUAUGAGACCACAGUUUCCCCAGAACAUAAUACUAAUUGUGUUAGGCCUAGGCCAUUAGAAAGUGACCAGUUGUUGCUUGAACAGCCUUCUUGCAGCUAUGCUAGGCCUAUGACCCCUCCAGAUGCCCUUACUGUCCAAUAUAAUUCAGAUUUGUCUAGUAGGCCUGAAAUAUUUGAUCAGCAUGUAUCUUCUCCAUCACGUGAUGAAGAAUUGCCUAAAUCAGUCCAGUUUCUUGAUCGGUUAUACUGCGGUAGUAUGAGCGCGCCUUCUCUCUCGCCUACACCGAGUGAGGAAGCUGACGACCCUGGUUUCCCUGACUCUAGGCCUAUAAAUGAUAUAGAUAGUGGCAGGCAUAUGCCUAUGACCCCUCCAAAUGUCCAAUCUGAUUUAGAUUUGCCUAUUAGGCCUGAAUUAUUUGACCAGCUUGCAUCUUCAAUCGUGCCUGCCCUCUCACCUACACCGAGUGAGGAAGCUGACGACCCUAGCUUUCCUGACCCUAGGCCUAAAAGUAAACCUGUUAGGGGCAGGUCUAGAGGAAGAGGUAGGCCUAUAGGAAAAAAAGCUAUUUCACAACCAUCUAAGCCUACUAAAAGGUCCAAAACUCAAACUAGUAACGAUACAGCUCCACCAAAAAAGAAGAAAAAGGAGGGUUGGCAGUGGACCAGUACCAUAGAAAGUAAUAUAAUAAAUAAAAUCCCUUUUACUGGUUGUCCUGGUGUUAGAGCAAGUUUGGCUAGAAGUUUAGGCUCAGCUCCCUCUGAAUUAGAUGUUUUCAAUGCGUUUCUUGAUAAUGACUUUUGGCAACAUGUUGCAACAGAGACUAAUAAUUAUGCCAAAGAAACAAUUAAGAAAAAGAACGAAGCAGGCGGGGUAGGAAAAACUAUAUACUCAGAAUGGUUUGACACAACUGCAGAUGAGAUGGCUUGUUUUUAUACACUGUGUGUCCUUAUGUCGCUUGUAAAAAAAAGAACCAUACAAUCAUACUGGUCGCCUAAUGCUGUAACUGAGACCCCUUUUUUUCGUAAAGUGAUGCCAUUCCGCCGUUUUUUGCUACUGUCCACAUUUUUCCACCUUACAGACAAUAAUAGGAAACCUGUGAAUGAUAAACUGUGGAAGUUAAGGUACGUUAUUGAGUACAUGAACAGGAAGUUUUCCCAUCUGUACAUACCUGAUGAAAACAUAGCUGUCGAUGAGAGUCUUAUGAAGUUCCGAGGGAGGUUGGGCUAUGUCCAAUUUAAUCCCAAGAAGAGAGCCAGAUUUGGCAUAAAGUUUUACAAGUGUUGUGAAUCUGGAAGUGGUUAUUGUUCUAAAUUUAAGAUCUAUACUGGAGCUGAAGUCAAAGAAAAUGUACCGGUUGAAGAAGGAAGUGGGGAUUCUACACAGGAGGAAAAGCUGUUAACGAGUGAGGCGAUAGUCGUUGAAAUGACAAAAGAUUUGGCAGGAAAAGGACAUACUCUGACAAUUGAUAAUUGGUACUCCUCACCUCUUCUCUUCUAUAGACUUAAGCAAAUAGGUUUCAAUGUAAUUGGAACAGCUAACUGGUGGAGAUCAAACAUGCCAGAGAGCUUCAAAGAGGGUAAACUUAAGUUGGGCGACUACGAGACAGCCUAUAGCCACGAUAUGUUAGCAGUAAGGUGGCAGGACAAGAAGCAAGUUUGCAUUUUGUCUACCUUUCAUCAAAAAGCUGACAAAAGAUCAACUGGCAAGAAAGACAGAGUUACCCAAGAAAUUAUAACAAAGCCAGAACCAGUGAUCUACUAUAAUCGUUCAAUGGGUGGAAUUGACCGCGAGGAUCAGCAAUUAGCGUCGUUUCCUAGUAUGAGGAGGUAUGCUAAGGGAUACAAGAAGAUCUUCUUUUACAUAAUGGACAUUGGCCUUUUUAACUCUUAUGUAGUGUUCAAAAAAUUAACCAGAAAAAAAUUGGGGUUCAGUGAGUUCAAGGAGAGGUUUGUCAAGCAAAUGUUUGAGUCGCGACAACUGCCACCGUACAAUCGAAGAGGACGAUCAUCCAACUCAGAAACACCUCUGAGGCUCCAGGCAGCAACUUGGGGACAUUUUCCUAGGCCUAUUCCUCCAAAUGAAGUCAAACAAACACCUUCAAGAAGAUGUAAGGUGUGUAGUGCCCAGGGAAAGCGCAGUGACAGCCGAUGGGAGUGUGAGCUCUGCCUUGUCGCACUUCACAUGCCAGAGUGUUUCAAGGCAUACCACACCAAAAUGAACUUUGCUUGACAUUUGGUGAGUUUUUAUAAGUGUCAUACAGUAUUAUAGACUAGUUCCAAAACAUAUAUGAGCCCUAUGUAGCUAAAAAUUACCAAUAAAAAAGUUUUUUUUAAUUUUUUAAUUUUUUUAUUUUAUUUUUAUAUGGUAUAAUAAAAAAUUAUAGUUAUAUUUUUUUGGGAAAUAUUUAUAUAUUUUGAAUCUACAUUUAAUUUUGAAUAAGAAAAUAAUAAUAUCUUGCAUAUAAAUAGUAAAUGUUGCCUGAAAAAAAAUUAAAUCAGAAAUGAAUGAAACUAGCCACAACAAAUUCGUUUGUUUUGGCCUAGGCGGGUAAAAAAAAAAUCAUAAGUGAAUGGGUUAAUAAUAAUGGACAACCACCAUUUCUAGCAUGAUAGGCUUCAAAUGUGCUCAAAGGUUUAUACAUACAGUAUUGUACUGUGACCAAUGCCUAGCAACCAUCUAUGUCCGUUGGUACAAAUAUUUCUUUUAUCUUCAAUUUUGAGAUGUUGAAUAUGCAUGUGUAAAUAUAAAAUGUCACCCUAUAUCUUGUGUAUGCAUUUCAAAUAUAAAUAUGUAUCUGUAAGUAUAUUAUGUAAGUAAACAUGUUACAUUAUAAUUUAUAUUGUUUUAAUAUUUCUGUAAUUAAUGUAUGGCCAUUGCUUCAUAAAAACGAUGGUGCAAAUACAAAUUAGAUAGGAGUAGCCCAUCGGAUUUGCAAUCUUGUCACAUUAAAUUAAUUUCACUCAUGAUUCAUAAUUUUGAUGAAUUGAUAUACGUCAAUUAGAGAUAUAAAAAAUUACUAUGGUUUUUUAAAAGUGAAAGCCACGUACAAUUCAUCAUCUGUACAGGCUCUCAAGAGUAAAAGACUGUGCAUGAGUUUUUUAUCCAGUACUAUUUACUACAACCUAAAAGAAACACUUAACAACAAGAAUAAGAAGAAACACUACUUAAAACAAUAUCAAAAUAGAUUAAAAGCCAGCCUACAUAUUUUCUAGCUUGUUUAGUUCUAUAAACAUCUGUGAUGAAGUGUUUUAGGUGUUAUCGUUUGUAUGAGAUAAGAUUAGUAAUUUAUGUUGAAGAGACAGGUUGUAUAUUUUAUGUUUUUUAUUAGAACAAAUGUUUAGUAGAAUAAAGUUAUUUCCAACUUCCAAGUUUAGGUUGGUCAUCUGAGUGGCUCCAUACGUACUACAUUCGUAAUAGAAUAACUUAAUCUCAACAGAUCAGAAUGCACAAUUUUCUCUAGAUUUGAUAACUACUGAAAGUGUUAGUUUAGAUCUGCACGUUUUGUUUUAAUUGUCAAGGAAGUUAUCAUAUAUCAUAUAGUUAUAUAUCAUAGUAGUGAUAGAUUUUUUAUGUUUAUUAUUGCUGCAAAUUAUCUAAACAUAUGAGGUCAUGUCAAAAAGUAUCUUCAAUAAAUUGUGGAAGUUUUGGAAUGACUUCUUAAUGACCAUUGCACUUGUGUUAAAAACCACAACUUGCGUUUAACAUUUUAUUUAAAUCAAAAGUGCGGCUUUAUGUAAGUUGUGUUUUCAUUUGAAGCUUUCAAUACAACCUGAAAUAAAAGACAUAUUUAAAUUUUAACAGUAAUACUAUGUAAACCUUAAGUUAUUAAUUUAAGUGGCCAAUUAUUUUAAUUUAGAAAUCAUGACUUUGAUGUUUGCUGUAGCAUGUAAUUUUACCUGCUAAUAUAUUUUUGUGGACGAAUGGUUGUGCAAUGAAUACUUUAUGGUGUUAACACUUAACUAAAUGUCUGUUCUAUUGAUUUGUAAUUCCUAUUGAUAGCCAUCCCUAUAUUGCGUUUUAGGUUUUCUUUGUCUUAAAAUAACUAUAUUUAUUAUUGUGAAUUUAAAGAGAACAGUACUACUAAGGAGCUUAGUAAAAAUAUAAUAAACAAGAUGGAUUACUUCUUGUAUGAUUGUUGGCCUUACCAAAAAACCCCAUGCAUUUCUUGGUUUUUAAUUUUUUCACAAUUAUUUCAACUUAAGAUUGUUGUUCUGUUGAUUUAAAGAAUUCUCUUUCUUAGUAAAAAAACCUUUUUUCUAAGUAUUGCAGAGACAGUGAUUUGCAGUGUUAAAAAGUGGUCCGUUAAAUAUGUUUUUAAGUGGUUUCUAGCGUUCUUUUUGUAAACACACCAAAUUGACUAAGAGUGAGCAUUAAUACUUUUCCACAAACCAGUACAGUAGAACUCCGAUUAUCCGAAUCAAUAGGGACCAGACCCCAUUCGGAUAAUAAAAAAUUUGGAUAAUCGGAGUUUUACCGGAAUUCCGGGAAUUUUAAAGAAAAAUCCUCAUUUUUGGUACUAAGUGAACUUUAAAUUAAUAAUAAUUGAAAUAAGAAUAUUUUUACAGUUUACAAUGCUCAUAGUACACGUGUUCUAUACAUGUUAUUAAGUCAAUAGUGUUCCAUCAAAGUCCAAAAUUACACAUUGGGUAAAUGUGUUUCAUAACAAUUCUUUGAUAUUUUGCAAAACUUAUUACUGUAGCUUUACGUUUUUAAAAUUGUUGAAGCAAGCGAUUCGGAUAAUUGGAGAUUCGGUUAAUUGGAGUUCGGAUAAUUGGAGUUCUACUGUAGCUACAUUCCAAUUUACAAAAGUGAAGAAAAAGAACAAUUUUUUUUCAUUUGGUAACAACAACAAAACUUUGACCUCCAAUAAGCAAGACAUUAAAUACAUUUGAAAGUUUUUACAAUGUGAUUCUUUUAAUACUUAACUUUGAAAUGGCGACCAUAGGUCUACGAAUGUAAGUAUUUUAAGCCAAGUAUGAAUGGAGAUGAGUGUAAGAUGAGUGGAUUUUGUUUGUAGUCUUGUUAGUGACCAAGGCUAAAAUAUUCCUUAGACACAGCUGUUAAUUAAUAGCCUUCCUGGAUACACUUGUGUAACUAGGUAACUAUUAAGUUAGAUUAACGAGUUUCUAUGUGCCUAAAACAACUACUGUUAUUGUGAUGUAA